AGGUCGUUUGAAUAGUUCAGUAAGGUAGUUCCGAUCGGCGGCGGGAACGUAAAUAGCUAUCGGAUGUGGAAACUCGUCGGGAUGUUUUGGUGAUUUCAAUAUAGCUUUUGUAUCUAUUAUUUUUCUAUAUCUAUGAUGAUAAAACGGACAUGGAAACUCCUCUGUUUCGGUGGCCUGCUGUUUCUUCUUUAUUACAUGUGUAUAUCUUCUACAGUCCUGUUAAGAGGACAGAGCGACAGAGUCCUUCGUCAGUCCCAGUCGCUUGGCGAAGGCAUUGUUCGACUCGAUAGCUCAGCCAAUAAGGCCGAUUCUUGUGACGGAGAUGGGCACCGCGAUCAGGACCUGGGACUCGUUCAAGGCCGGACAGAUCCUGCCAACACCCCGAAGGAUCCUCUUUUCAUUCUCAUCCUGAGUUCGCUGCCUCGAAGCGGUUCGACCAUGCUGUCUGAGGCCCUCUCGAGUCUCCCCGGUUCGGUGUUGUUUUUCGAGCCUCUUUGGAUCCAGGAGAAGACGAGCUGCAUUGACGACGAGGACUGCGUCGCUGACUUUCUGAUGGAUGCUUUCAAAUGCACGUACGGAGAAUCGUUCGAGGCGUGGCUACGAAGCAAGCACCUGUUCUUCAACUUCUUUCAUCCUGACGUUCGAACAUGUACUCGCAAAGGCAAAAAAAAGGACGAAGAAUGUUUCUCCAAAAUCGACGUUCGCGCUCUGUGCCGAGGCGCUCCCGUGAGGCUCACUAAGGUCAUCCGUUCGAAGCUCACGUUCCUCGAGAAGUAUGUGAGAGAUGCAGACAACUUCAAGGUCAUCUACUUGACCCGAGAUCCGAGAGGAUCCCUCAACUCGAUCGCCAAGUUCAAGGCGUGGAACCAAGACCCUCACGAGCGGUGCCAGAACCUGGAGGAUGACCUCUUUACCUACGACCUCUUCUCGGAGAUCUACCCUUCGAAGGUCCUCCACGUCAAGUACGAGGACUUUUGCCUCCGUCCGCAGAACAAGACGUCGGAGAUCAUGGCCUUCCUCACGGGGAACCACACGAUCCCCCAAGAACUCCGAGACUACCUGGCGGAGCACAUGAGCAAGCGCCGCGGGAACCGGAACAUGAGUACCUACAAAGACAGCACGACGGAGUUCCAGGCGUGGCGGAGCAAGAUCUCCGAAGACCUGCUGAGGAAGGUGGAGAGCGAGCCGGCCUGCGCGAGCUCCGUCUUGAAGAUGGGCCACAGGCUCUUCAGAUCGACGAGGGUGGCGAGAAACCUCAACGUCUCUCUGUUUUUGUGAUUGUAUUUAUAAUGUCUUCUUGCUAUUCGCUUUUUGUAAUACAUGUCCUCGCGUUUAAAUGGCUUUCUCUACGGCACGAAUGUCUACAUGAAGUGAUCGUAGUGAUCCUAAACCUCGAGGGUGUGGUUUACAUAUUAUGUACAAUAUUUAAGAUAAUACCAUUCCAGUGGAAAUAUAAAAGACUAUUGUAUUA